CCUGUGUUGGCGUGUCCGCGCAGCGCGCACUCGUGAAGCUCUUGUGGAGCUUGCGAACACGCGGGACCAGAGCAUCAGGAUCAUACGCGCAGGAAAAACACGAGAAUGUGACUGGAGUGUAAAGGAUGAAGGAUGCGAUCGCUGGAAAAGGUCACACGAAUUGCAUGAAGAGCGCUGGGAGGAAAUCUUAACACAGCCACGGAUUACCACUAACGCGCACGCAUCGCGGCUUUUUUUAGGGAACAGGAAUACCAGGAAUGGGGGAUUUGAUGUUUCACCAAAGCAGGAGAGAGGAUCUGACGAGAAUACUGCACAGUGAAUGAGGAUUCUUCCAGAGGGGAACGAAGCAGCACGUGUAUGUGUUUUUCUUCAAUGACAGGAGUAAUCUGGCUGAGUUUGAGGGUCUGAAGAAAGGAGACACGUGCUGGAGGAGUUUCUCGGCGUACAUCGUUCAUCUAGCAGCAGCGGCAAUUUUUACUGACCAUGAGGUUGGCGGUGAGCAAAAACCGGCUCCUUUUGCACCAGCAGGACUGCUGCAGUGGCAGGGCUCACAAUGUUUCUCUGUGGAUAUGGAUUUUUUGUUGGUGCGUGACGGUCAUCAGAGGACAAAGCUACCACCCCACCGUGAACACACAGUAUGGGAAAUUACGAGGCGCGCGAGUCCCGCUGCCCAGCGAGAUCCUGGGACCGGUGGACCAGUACCUGGGCGUGCCGUACGCCGCCCCACCGGUGGGAGAGAAACGCUUCCUUCCCCCUGAGCCGCCCCUGUCUUGGUCGGGGAUCAAAAACGCCACUCAUUUCGCGCCGGUGUGCCCACAAAACAUUCACAAUGCCGUUCCGGAGAUCAUGAUGCCAAUCUGGUUCACCUUUAACUUGGAUAUAGUUGCCACUUACAUACAAGAUCAAAACGAGGAUUGUUUGUAUCUAAACAUCUAUGUUCCAACGGAGGAUGUCAAAAGAAUAUCCAAGGAAUGUGCCAGAAAACCCAACAAGAAAAUAUGUAGAAAAGGAGGAACCCAUUCCAAAAAACAGGGCGAAGAUUUAUCCGAUAACGACGGUGAUGAAGAUGAAGACAUACGAGACACUGGAGCCAAGCCUGUGAUGGUGUACAUCCACGGAGGAUCAUACAUGGAGGGCACCGGAAACAUGAUUGAUGCAAGCGUGCUGGCCAGUUACGGGAACGUCAUCGUUAUCACGCUCAACUUUCGAGUCGGCGUCUUAGGGUUCCUCAGCACAGGAGACCAGGCUGCUAAAGGGAAUUAUGGUGUUUUGGACCAGAUCCAGGCUCUGCGCUGGAUAAGUGAGAACAUUGGCUAUUUCGGCGGUGAUUCCAACCGCAUCACUGUUUUUGGAUCAGGAAUCGGUGCCUCUUGUGUCAGCCUUCUUACCCUGUCCCACCAUUCUGAAGGACUGUUUCAUCGAGCCAUAAUCCAGAGUGGCUCAGCAUUGUCCAGCUGGGCCGUCAACUACCAGCCGGUUAAGUACACAAGGCUGCUGGCAGAGAAAGUGGGCUGUAAUGUGCUGGACACACUAGACAUGGUAGACUGCCUGAGAAAAAAGAGCGCUCGUGAGCUGGUGGAGCAAGACAUCCAGCCAGCGAGAUACCAUGUCGCCUUUGGCCCAGUCAUUGACGGCGAUGUCAUUCCCGACGACCCUGAGAUCCUGAUGGAGCAGGGUGAGUUCCUCAACUAUGACAUCAUGCUGGGUGUCAACCAGGGUGAGGGGCUGCGCUUUGUGGAGAACGUUGUGGACUCUGAAGAUGGCGUCUCGGGCAAUGAUUUUGAUUUCUCGGUCUCUGACUUUGUGGACAGCCUUUAUGGUUACCCAGAGGGAAAGGAUACCCUACGAGAAACUAUCAAGUUCAUGUACACGGACUGGGCAGAUAGAGACAACCCUGAGACGCGCCGUAAGACUCUGGUGGCGCUUUUCACCGAUCAUCAGUGGGUGGAGCCCUCGGUGGUGACGGCGGAUCUUCACGCCCGGUAUGGGUCGCCCACGUACUUCUACGCCUUCUACCACCACUGCCAGAGCCUGAUGAAGCCCGCUUGGUCAGAUGCGGCCCACGGAGAUGAGGUGCCCUACGUUUUUGGCAUUCCCAUGAUUGGCCCAACUGACCUCUUUCCCUGCAACUUCUCCAAAAAUGAUGUAAUGCUCAGUGCUGUUGUCAUGACCUACUGGACAAACUUUGCCAAAACUGGAGAUCCCAACAAACCAGUGCCUCAGGACACCAAGUUCAUCCACACCAAGGCCAAUCGCUUCGAAGAGGUAGCCUGGUCCAAAUACAAUCCGCAAGACCAGCUGUACCUGCACAUCGGCCUCAAGCCCCGAGUCCGGGAUCACUACCGCGCCACUAAAGUGGCGUUCUGGAAGCACCUGGUCCCUCAUCUGUACAACCUUCACGACAUGUUCCACUACACCUCCACCACCACCAAAGUGCCACCGCCCGAGACCACCCAGAACUCCCUGUCCACCAAACGUCCCAACGGCAAAGCCUGGCCGUUCAACACCAAGCGGCCUCCGAUGUCUCCAGCGUACAACAGCGAGAGCGGGAAGGAGCAGUGGAACGGAGAAGAGGAACCAGGCCCUCUGGUGGUGGAGAACCCACGGGAUUACUCCACCGAGCUGAGCGUAACCAUCGCAGUGGGAGCUUCUCUGCUGUUCCUCAAUGUUCUGGCGUUCGCCGCCCUCUACUACCGCAAGGAUAAGCGCCGACAGGAGCAGCACCCGCAACCCAGCUCACCACGAGCCACCAACGUCAACGACAUGAACCGGCACGCCCCUGAAGAGGAGAUCAUGUCCCUGCAGGUCAACCAGACGCACCAUGAGUGUGACGCAGGGCCACCGGGAGACCCCUUACGGCUCGCUUCGCUUCCCGACUACACGCUGACUCUGCGGCGCUCGCCUGAUGAUAUCCCACUCAUGACGCCCAACACCAUAACCAUGAUCCCCAACUCGCUGGUGGGCAUGCCCAACCUACAUCCCUACAACACCUUCACAGCGGGCUUCAACUCCACCGGCCUGCCACACUCCCACUCCACCACCCGUGUAUAGCUUUAUGGCCAUCCGACAAGAGGGAGGGAUGCGGGAAGAGUCUCUGGCUUCAAUGAAAACACUGAGGCGAGAGAAGGGGGUUCAGGACGAUGGCGGAAACUAAAAGAUUUCAAUAGACUUUUGCAUAAAGCAGUGACAAGUUCUUUCCAGAUGUCAAGUUGUGCAAACCUGCCAAAACAGAACUGCUCUCUUUCCUCUGAAAAGGGACGAGCGUUUCAAGCAGUAUUUUUUCUAAUCAUCGUUUUAAAAGAAAAGAAAGAAACGCCUUUUUGAGCAGAAUCGGGCGAAUGGGGCGAUCACUUUUUUUCUUGAAUAUAUAUAUAUAUAUAAAAAAUAAAAAAAAAAUUGAAAGUGCAUUUUAUUUCCCAUCACAGUCUUUUGUGGGAAACAUGUUUCAGAACAAUGGCCUCCUAAGGUGACAUCUGCAUAAUAUUGUUUGCUUUACUUUGCGAUUUCUUUUCAAUGCCUUAUAAACAGCUGUUUUUUCACUUAAUUUGACGAUCUUUCCCUGAAAUGUGUCUGUGUGGAACAUAGCGAUCUGACUCGAGCAGUUGGAUCCCAGAAUGCAUGAGACAAACGACAAAUACGGAAAGCGGUGGAUAGAAAUGGUAACUGCGACUCAUUUUCCAGUUGCAUAAGCUCACGUGGCGUUUUCACUUUUUUUCUUGGUUCCACUGAAAGUCUUUUGUUUAAAACUUUUCCAAUGGACAGAGACUGGAGAUAAAGACUUUUAAAGUUACUGUAAGUGUUUUGUUUAAAGAAAAGUGCAUAUUUUACAACAAAAUUAUCUAUCGGCUCCUGUGUCAAAUUCCCAUUUAAAUGCACACUUACACACAACGCUCAGAGCACUGUUUGACUGGUGUGUGUGUGUGUGUGUGUGUGUGUGAGAGAGAGAGAGAGAUUCUGGGUGUGAAUGGGAAUAUUUGAGUUGUCUGUGUGUGUGUGUGUGUGUGUGAUUGCCUUUGCCAUGUUUUCUGUUUCUAUAUAUUUGUGUGAUGGGGGGGUUGGCUGGGGGGGGGGGCUUCUGCAUUGAUUUUGUUCACCACAAGUAGUGUUUCAGCUGCGUCUAUUGUCGUCUGUCUUUGCGAAACAGAACUUUUUGUUAUUUUAAAAAGUUACAUAUGUCUAAUUUUGCUUAAGAAUUACAAAAUAAAUCUAUUAUUUUACAUGCAAGAGAAAACAAUAGCUAAAGAUUGAACCGAACUAACUGACAUGAUUCCAUUGACUUUGUAAGCGUUUCUCUCGACUGGAGACAGUGGCCUCUUUACACUGAAUAACCUGACUUCGGUGUAGACCUGUGUUUCUUUAAAUAUAUAUAUAAAUAUGGGCAUACAUACAUAUAUGUAUAGGGCUUUUAUGAAGAUUUUGCUCCCUUUGACCUGAAAGUGUAAAUGACCAUUAUUAUCAAUUAUUAGGCUGAAAGCAGCAAUAUUCUGAGGGCAGAGCAGUUAGUGUCUGUACUAGUGUUAUCCUCUACACCAUAACCUGAGGCCACAACAACUGUCUUUUUAAUAGCUCUAUAUGUAUAUUUAUGUAUAAAUAUAUUUAAUAUUUAUUUAUGUAUACCAGAUGUAUACAUGCUGAUUGUGCCAUGUGCCAAAUUAAACCAUAAAACUGGAGAAGAAA